AUGGCCUCCAUUUUCCAACUCUUUAUCCUCCUAUUCAUCUGCGUCCGUACAAUUUCUGGGGCCGGAAAACCGCUAAGGGGUGCUUCAAAUACCAGGAAUGCCCUUAUGGAUUUCAAGAGUGGUGUUGCAAUGGAUCCAUUUUCUUCUCUCUCAAAUUGGAAUACCACCAUACCGGUUUGUAAAUGGACCGGAAUAACUUGCCGGAAAAGUGGCCGGAAUGUUAAAGUGAUUCAGCUUGAUUUGAAUGGAAAAUCACUGCAUGGUGUUAUAUCUCCAUCUAUUUGUUCUCUCUCCUCUCUCUAUGUUCUUGAUUUAUCAGGAAAUUACUUUGAGGGUCAUAUCCCAGGUGAAAUUGGAUCACUGUUGAGGCUACAGCAAUUGAGCUUAGCUGAAAAUAUGCUGGAAGGAUCGAUUCCAGUGCAACUAGGCUCGGUAACUGGGCUCGAGUACUUGGACCUAGGCACCAACUCUCUUAGUGGCGAAAUUCCCCCUAGUUUGUUCUAUAAUUGUACCUCUCUUCAGUAUGUGGAUUUAUCAAACAAUAGCUUGAGUGGUGAGAUUGGAUUUUUUCGAUUGCCUGAGCUGAGGUUCUUGCUCUUAUGGUCGAACCGGCUUGUUGGAAAUUUGCCCGAGUCUUUAACCAAUUCAUCGAAGCUCGAAUGGGUCGACUUAGAAUCAAAUUUUCUGGUUGGGGAAUUGCCCACAAGCAUUGUUAGAGCCAUGAAUCACCUCCAAUUUCUUCAUCUUUCCUAUAAUAAAUUUGUGAGCCAUGAAAACAACACCAAUUUGAGGCCAUUUUUCUCCUCUCUUACCCAGUGCUUGAAUUUACAGGAGCUCGAGCUCGCAGGAAACAGACUUGGCGGUGAAGUUCCGAUGGAUAUUGGAAAGCUUCUUCCAGCUAGUUUGAUUCAGCUACAUUUGGAGGAGAACGCUAUACAUGGCUACCUGCCGCCAAGUAUCGCAGAGCUUUCGAACCUCACCCUCUUGAACUUGUCCAGUAACUUCAUUUCAGGAUCUAUACCACCUGAAAUUAGCAGACUUUCUAAGUUAGAGAGAGUUUGCUUAUCCAAUAAUUCUCUCACAGGGGAAAUUCCAGUUACUUUGGGGGAGAUUAAGCAAUUGGGUUUGUUAGAUUUGUCAAAAAAUAACCUUUCGGGUUCGAUUCCUGCAACUUUAUCCAAUUUGAUGCAACUUAGAAGACUGUUACUUUACGAGAAUAAGAUUUCUGGUAUUAUACCUCCAAGUUUAGGAAGAUGCAACAAUUUAGAGAUCCUUGAUCUCUCUCAUAACCUUCUUAAUGGGACUAUACCACGAGAAGUUGCAGCCUUGCGAAAUUUAAAGCUCUAUCUGAAUUUGUCUAGAAAUUAUUUGGAGGGGCCUCUGCCAUUAGAGCUCAGUAAAAUGGAGAUGGUUUUAGCCAUUGAUUUAUCUUCAAAUAAUUUUACAGGUUCUGUUCCUCCUCAGCUUGGGAGUUGCAUAGCUAUCGAGUACUUAAACAUUUCUCAUAAUUCUUUUUUAGGCACUGUUCCUUCAUCCGUAGGAAGCUUGCCAUAUCUCAACACUCUUGAUCUCUCUUCCAAUAAUUUUUCUGGCGAAUUGCCUGAAUCUUUGAAAAACUUGGCAACUCUUAGGCUUCUCAACCUUUCUUUCAAUGACUUUUCUGGAGAGGUUCCGGCCACUGGUGUCUUCAAAACCCUAACAAUGGCCGCUUUCGAGGGUAAUUCGAAGCUAUGUGGUGGACCUAUAAAAGUCCUUCUUCCUCCUUGUAAUGGAAGCACUCAAGCCAAGAAACAUAUCAAAAAGUCUCUUAUACUACCAAUUCUCCUCACUGUAUCUGCAACUCCAUGCGUAGUUUGCUGCUUCAGCUACUACCUCUCUCUAAAGAGAAAGAAAAUGGGGAUUUUCGAUGGAGGAGAAGGAGAUCUACUAAAGGUUUUGAGCUUUCCUCGCCUGACCCAGCAUCAGCUAGCUGAAGCCACAGAUGGGUUCAACCCAUCGAGCCUAGUGGGCUCGGGAAGGUUCGGCCAUGUUUACAAAGGCACCCUAAAGGACCAAACUCUUGUUGCAGUGAAGGUCUUAGAUUUACAAGUAACAGAGAGCAACACCAAAAGCUUUGAGAGAGAAUGCAGAGUCUUGAAGAGAAUUCGACAUCGAAACCUCAUCAAAAUCAUAACAGCUUGCAGCAAGCCUGAUUUCAAAGCUCUGGUGCUCCCUUUCAUGGCCAAUGGGAGCUUGGAGACGCAUCUUUAUGGACCACAAGGUGGUUUAAGCCUGGUUAGAGUGGUUCACAUAUGCAGUGAUAUAGCUGAGGGGGUGGCCUAUUUGCACCAUCAUGCACCAGUUAGGGUUAUACAUUGUGAUUUGAAGCCCAGUAAUGUGCUCUUGGAUGAGGAGAUGGGGGCAUUGGUGGCUGACUUUGGGGUGGCCAGGCUCGCUGGAAGUGGAGCCAUGGGUUCAGAGGAGGUCUCGAGUGGCUCGGGCACUGGAUUACUUUGUGGUUCGAUUGGUUACAUUGCACCAGAAUAUGGUUUGGGACGCAACGCUUCCACAGAAGGAGAUGUCUACAGCUUUGGGAUCCUAGUGUUAGAGAUGGUAACGGGUAGGAGACCCGUAGACCUAACGUUCCAACAAGGACUUACCCUACAAGACUGGGUGAAAGGACACUACCCCCACAAUAUGGACCCUAUAAUAGAAAGGACCGUCUCUAUAGAAGAUGAGACCUUGUCUUCUCCAAGGCUAAGGCGAUUAAUCGCCAUAGAAUUGAUCGAGCUUGGUUUACUAUGCACCCAACGUACCCCAAAGAAGAGGCCAACAAUGAUGGAGAUCGCCGAUGAAUUGGGCCGAUUAAAGCAAUUCAUCGCCGAGGAGAACACAACCACUGAAUCUGAUGUUGUGGCGUCUUCUUCAUAGAUCAUAGUGCUCUCUCCCUUUUUGGAUCUCAAAAGAAAAGAAGUUGGCAUGGAUAAAGGGGGAAAAGGUCGGUAGGCAAAGGCUUUCAUUUCACUAGUGGCCUUCACCAUUAGAUUCAUGGCUUAGUGGUCUUCAUCGUAAGCUUGAUAGCUCAGUCGAACCAAGAUGGGAGAUCAACGGCACGGAUUUUGACAGUGUGGAUGUGAUCGUUUAUCCUAAAUUGAUGGUGUGGAUGCGAUCGUUUUUUGGGAGAUGAUAAGAGAGAGAUCAUUUUUUUGACAAAGGCAGUGCUGGUGUCCAAACUAACUUUUGAAGUCCUUGGAGACAAUGCC